GUUUGUUUUGAGCAAAUUUAAUUUGUGUUUAAAUUGCUUUUAUUUUGGUUUGAUUCUUCCACUGUUCUGGUGUAGUAGUAAUGAUUCAAAUGAAUGAGGAGGUGGCCCUGACCUUUCUUCCUUAAUUUUCUCUCCAUAUGACCUUUUUAUUUUCUUUCCAACCAAACAAAAAAUAAAUAAAUAUUUACUUAACGAAAUUCAAAAUAAAUACAGUCCAAGAUUAAAUUAUAAUGAGGUAAAUCCCGAAAAGGAAAUCAAAAAUCACAACCUCCAUUUAUUUUAUUUUUUUUAUUUACAAAAAAAAAAAAAAAUCUUAUUCCUCCUUCGCCGCCUCCUCUUCAACAUAUAUAUUUUUUCCUUUGUCUGAAACCCUACAAAAACGUCUUCUCCUUCCUCUGUAUCGAUGUUACCCUAAUCACGAUCCGCGGUUCUCAAUGCUCAGAUAUUCCCUCAUCUGAGAUCUCCUCGGAUCGAUUGGAUGCGUUUCGUGGUUUCUGGGUCUUAAAUUUAAAAAAAUUUGUGGGCUCAAGGAAUGUCGCUCUUGCCGAAGACCGACUCUAUUCAUAUUCGCGAGGUUUGGAAUGAGAAUCUCGAAGAGGAGUUCGCUUUAAUUCGAGAAAUCGUCGAUGAGUAUCCGUACGUCGCUAUGGAUACGGAGUUCCCCGGAAUCGUUAUCCGCCCAGUGGGAAAUUUCAAGAACAGUUACGACUUCCAUUACCAGACCUUGAAGGACAACGUUGAUAUGUUGAAGUUGAUUCAAUUGGGCUUAACAUUUUCCGACGAGGAGGGCAACUUACCCUCUUGUGGAACCGAUCAGUACUGCAUUUGGCAAUUCAAUUUCCGCGAAUUCAACGUCAAUGAAGACGUAUUUGCCAACGAUUCGAUUGAGCUAUUGCGCCAAAGCGGCAUUGAUUUCAAGAAGAACAACGAGAAUGGCAUCGACGUUAAGCGAUUUGGGGAGCUCCUAAUGUCAUCUGGGAUUGUGUUGAACGACAAUGUUCAUUGGGUGACUUUCCAUAGUGGGUAUGAUUUUGGGUACUUGCUUAAGCUCUUGACUUGCCAGAAUUUGCCAGAGACCCAAUUGGGGUUCUUCAAUUUGAUCAACAUGUACUUCCCAACAGUGUAUGAUAUCAAACACUUGAUGAAGUUCUGUAACAGCCUUCAUGGGGGAUUGAACAAGCUAGCAGAGUUGUUGGAAGUGGAAAGAGUCGGCAUAUGUCACCAGGCAGGUUCGGAUAGUUUGCUUACUUCUUGUACAUUCAGGAAACUCAAAGAGAACUUCUUUAGUGGUUCUAUGACGAAAUAUGCUGGUGUUUUGUAUGGUUUAGGCGUUGAGAAUGGACAGAAUAUUACUCAGCCUUAUUGAAUUUGUGAGUGAAAAAAAAACAACAAAGUCACUAUAAGAUUAGAAAGCCUGUGAAUGCAUUUUCAUCUUUCUUUUCUUCUCCUUCGUAUCCAUGUUUUCUAAUGUGCACUUUUGGUAGCAAGUUUCUUUAUUUAUGAAAUUUUUUUAUACUCCUAUUAUCUACUA